UCUAGAAGGGUUACCCAAUUCGGUCAACCUCGGCCCCAGAGUAUCGCGGGGCAACGUCAACCGACGUGUCGACACGUUCGACGCGACUUUGUAAACUUAACGUUACACUUUCACAGCUACGAACUUCUACUUCCGGGCGUGAAAUAGGAACUGCUACGAAUAUAGCAUCCUGGAUCCCUCCAUCUCACUCCAAAAUAUCCCAUAAAGAGCCUCGCAUCCCUCGCAGGUCCCGCACCACUACAAAAGCUCCAAAUUCACACUUCACCCCCCCUCAACCCACCAGACAUUGGUCUAUACGAUCAAAUUUCCCGCCCAAUACUUCCUGAGCGCUGAAUCCGACCAACACUCAAGGAUGGCCCAAACACCCCUCCCCUCCCCACCCUUCUUCACCAUCCCCAACAUCGCCAACUUCCGCGACGCAUCCAUUACGCUCCAAACCCCCCACGGGCCCAUCCGCGAAAGGAUCCUCUUCCGCUCCGCCGAAGUCAGCAAACUUGAUCGCGCCGGGUGGGACGCCGUGCGUGCCCUAGGCGUCGCGCACGUGUUCGACCUGCGCUCGAAGCCGGAGGUCGAGAAGGGCUGGUCGGGCAUCGUGGCGAGCGCCCCCGGGGCCCCGAAGGAUGUGCGGCUCAGGUGGAUGGUCGGUAUGGAGGAUUCGGGCGUGCAGAGGACGUGGGUGCCGGUGUUUCGCGAGCAGGAUUAUGGGCCCGCGGCGCUGGCGGAGCGGUAUCAGAAGUAUAUGCAUAAAAGCACCGAGGGGUUUGUGGCUGCGUAUCGCGACAUCUUGAAGAGUGGGGCGAGUGCGUAUAGGACCAUGUUUUUAUAUCUCGCGGGCCUUGACCCGGUCGAAGUAGAUGACGGAAAGAGGAGGGGCGCGCUCAUCCACUGCACGGCUGGUAAAGACCGCACAGGCGUCUUCUUCGGCAUCCUGUUCGACUUCCUCGGCGUCAGCCGCGAGCAGAUCGCUGCUGAGUAUAACCUGACCGAGCCCGGUCUGGCAGUCAUUCGCGAGGUGGUCGUUGCCCGUCUCCUCCAAAGCCCGGGGUUCCAGAGGUAUAUGCUCAGCCUCUCUCAGGGCGAGAUGCUCAGCCAAGAGCAAUUUGCCAAGUCAGUCGAGAAUCGGAAUGUUGCUGACGCAGAGCCGGUGGUGUUUGGACCUGAGGUCAUGGAGGAGGGGAGGCAGGCGGCGCUGCGCAUGGCGGGGGCGCGGAAGGAGAGUAUGCUUGCGACGCUGGAGAUGGUGGAUCGGGAGUUCGGCGGGAGUGAGAGAUAUAUGAGGGAGUACUGUGGACUCGUUGAUAGGGAGUUGGAGGGGUUGAGGAGGGUUUGUGUUGUGAGCUCGACCGGGUGACUGGCGGGGAAGGCGGCGUUACAACGAGCGAG